AUGGCAGACAACGCGGCUGACGUGGCCGAAGACUACCGCCAGGCCUUGGAGGACCUGACGGUCAACUCGCGUAUCGAGAUUGCCACACUCACCAACAUCGCGCGAGAGAAUGCAAACCACGGCUUCGCCAUCGCUGAGACUCUGGCGAACCACAUCAAGAAGGUGCCGCCCUCAAGGACACUGCCAGCGCUCUACGUCCUUGAUUCCAUCGUCAAGAAUGUCCCGACGCCCUAUGUGCUGUACUUCGGCCCAAAGCUGUACUCCAUCUUCAUGGGCGCCUACACAAAGGUCGAUAAUGCGACACGUCGGAAAAUGGACGAGAUGCUCAAGACAUGGAAAGAACCAGUACCAGGCUCGAUCUCGACGAAGCCGGUCUUCCCGCUAGAGCAGGUCCGCCCGAUUGAGAAUGCUCUGAUGGCCGCUCGGAACGCCGCCUUUGCCGCCCAGCAAUCUAGCUAUCAGGGGCAACAACAGCUCAUGCGUGGCCGGCAACCCGUCCCCAGCCGAGAGACUCCCACACCGCCGACGGCCAGGGCAUACCAACCUCCCCCACAGCAACUCCCUUAUUCCGGUACCAAUGGGUACCGACCGGAUGCGGCUCAGCAGCCGUAUCCGACGCAUCCAGGAUCAACUCCGAUUCAUCAUCGUGCAACACCGCAGCCUGCUCCGGUGGCUGGGCUUUAUCCGCCAUCCCAGCAGCCGGCGGGCCAAGUCUAUGGCGCUUCCCAACCAGGAAUAAGCAUAGACAAGUUGAAAGAUGAUAUCCAGCAACUGAUCGUUGCGGAAAAGGCGGAAUUUGCACAAGAUCCUCUGGAUACUAGUAAACAGACAAGACUGAAGGCAUUGCUGGACUUGCAAAUGUUCAUCCAGAGCCAAGACAUGCCUCAGGACCAGUUGAUGGCCAUAAGAGAUCGAGUAGCUGCACUUGCCGUAAACAUUCGCCCCCAGCCCGCAGUCCCGGCUGCGGGCGCGGGUGUCGCUGCGCCCAGCGCCGCCUUUCCCGGAGUUCCAUACAUGAACACUCCAACACCUCCGGUUGUGUCUCAACAGCCGACGCCCGUGCCAUCGGCAGCCGCCGCGGCGGUCGUGGCAGCCCUGGCGCGGCCUUCCUCUGCUGCAGCGGCUCCUCCUCCUCUCCCGGCACCAGGCGGAGGCGUGUCGAUUGACUCGAUCUUUGGACAGGGGGCGCUGGCGACACUGCUCUCCGGGGCUGCGCGCAAGUCUGCCACACCUCAGCCGACGGCUACACCUGCGCCGCAGCCUCCUCCUGCUGCUGCUCCUGCGGUGCCAGCACUUGGACCGGCGGCGACAGCAGCCAUCGCAGCAGCCUUGCGUUCACCUCCGCAGAGACCUGUUGAGCCCGCCAGGCCGGCCUCUGCGGCGCCUCCUCCGUCGGACCCGUCUGCGUUACUAGCUAUGCUGAGGCAGUCUGGCCUUCUCAAGUCCGGAUCGACGGGAACUCCUCCUUCGGCUGCCCCUCUGCCGGCAACCUUGGGCGCAUUCCAGUCGCUCGCUGGCGUGGGAGCCGAUCGGAGUCUCCAGCUCAAUCCUGCUUCUCUCAAGAUCUUCCGCCCACACUUGAUCGCCAAGCUCCACGAAGAGCUCGGCCCGCCCUGCUCGCAGUGCGGCCGGCGUUUCAAGACAGAUGACGAGAGCCGCCGCAAGAAGACGGCACACAUGGACUGGCACUUCCGCGUCCACCAGCGCAUGACCGAGGCCGAGAGGCGCGGGCAACACCGGAGCUGGUUUGUCGACGAGCUCGUAAGUUGA